GCUUGAAAUUUCCACUCGCCUGCUCACCAAUGGCGAGUGGAAAUUAUGGUGGGGGCGAGUGUGUGCCCCAGGGCCAUCUUGCUGAGCAGGCUCGGAGCUCUGGCGGGAUCUGUCAUUGGCACUGGCAGCCGUCAGACUGCUCAAUAGCUGAGCGCAGUGAAAACAAAGCAAGGAGUGUGUGCUGUGCUCUCUGCCUCCCCCUAGAGUGCAGAACCCGGCUCUGUGAGUGAACAACAAAGUACUGCAACUUUUUAUGGGGGUGGUAGUGGUGUGUGUAUGUAUGUACAAUUGUACAUGUGUGUAUGUACAUAUGUCUGCGUGUAUGUACAUGUAUGUGUGUGUGUACAUGUGUCUUUGUGUGUUUGUACGUACAUGUGUGUGUUUUGUGUUUUGUACGUACAUGUGUCUGUGUGUACAUGUGUCUGUGUAUGUAUGUACGUACAUGUGUCUGUGUAUGUAUGUACAUGUGCCUGUGUAUGUAUGUACAUGUGCCUGUGUAUGUAUGUACAUGUGUCUCUGUGCGUGUGUGUGUGUGUGUGUGUUAUGAUCCGCCAGUGCGCAUGCUGUCCCUGACAGUGUGCAUGUACAUGUCUGUGUGUGUGUACAGGUGUCUCUGUUUGUGUGUUUGUUGGUGG